ACCAGAUCCUAGAACCACCAUGUCCCCAUUGGCCAUUAUCUUCCUGAGCUUUGGAUUGUGGCUACAUCAGUGGAUCAGAGCCCAGGAGGUGACACUGCCCAGACCCAGCCUCUGGGCUGAUCCAGGACCUCUGGUCCCUCAGAAGAAAUCUGUCAUCCUCCGGUGCAGGGGAUUUCCUGGGGCUGAAAAGUAUCGCCUGACAAGAGGAGGCUUUCAGGACAGAGACGUGUCCACGGCUGGGACAGAGGCCGAGUUUCCCAUCUCUUCUGUUACACCUGACACAGUGGGGCAUUACCGCUGCCUCUACAUGAACCAGUCCCAUUGGUCAAAGCCCAGUGAGCCUGUGGAGCUAGUGAUGACAGACUGGUACGAUAAACCCUUCCUCUCAGCCCUGCCCAGCCCAGAGGUGGUCUCCGGAGAGAAUGUCACCCUCCACUGUCGCUCCAAGCAGUGGUUUGAGAAAUACGCGCUCCACAAGGAGGGAGGAGCCAUUUCCCAGAGCCAGGGAAGCUGGUACCACGCUGACUUUCUCAUCCCUAUGGUCAAGGCUGCUCACGGAGGCUUGUACAGAUGCUACAGCUUUCACAGGGAGGCUCCCUAUGAGUGGUCAGCCCCAAGUGACCCCCUGGAGCUCAGGGUCUCAGGCUCACUCUCCAAACCCUCACUCUAUGCAAAUCCAGGGGCUCUGAUGCCUAAGGGGGAACUUGUGACCUUCUGGUGUCAGGGACCUUCUGAGGCUUUAGGCUACAAACUGGAGAAAGAGGGAACCCAAUGGAGUGCACAGUCCUCCUGCCAGUAUGAUAAACCAGUCCUUUCUGCCAAGCCCAGCUCUGUGGUGGUCCCUGGGGAGAAUGUGACCCUCCACUGUAACUCUGCAUAUGGUUUGGAUAGCUUCAUGAUGUCUAAGGAUCAAGUAGAUGAAGUGACCCCUCCUAAGCCAUGGAUGACUCAGGCCAACUUCUCCAUCCGGGCUGUGAAAGCUGCUGAUGGCGGAACAUACCGCUGUUACACUUUUGAUAGUUACUCCCCCUAUGACUGGUCUGUCCCUAGUGAUCCCCUGGUCCUCAGGGUCACAGUCACUGGGACCACCAUGACCCCCACCCUCUUGUUCCUGCUGUACCUUGGGCUGAGUCUGGGCCAGAGGAUGAGGACACAGGCAGCAGGUACAUUCCCCAAACCCUCCCUCAGGGUAGAAAAUGGCUCUUUGGUGCCCCAAGGGAGAACUGUGACCCUCAGAUGCAGGGGAUCACAGGAAGCUGAUCUGUACCGUCUGGAGCAAAAGCUAGGAAAUGCCAGGUCUGAUGUCAAGGAUAUGACAAUAUUUGGAAUGGAGGCCAAAUUUUCCUUUCCUUUUGUGUCAUGGAACCAUGCAGGGAACUACUACUGCCACUACAGACACUCAUUGGGCUGGUCAGAGCCCAGUGACCCCCUGGAGCUGGUGGUGACAGGAGUUUAUAAAGAACCUUCCCUGGCAGCCCUGCCCAGCUCUGAGGUGGCUUUAGGACAGAACGUGACCCUGCAGUGUCAGUCACAGCGAUGGCUUGACUGGUGCGUCCUGUACAAGGAUGGAGAAGAGAUCAGCCGUGGCAGGACCCGGAGCCAUGAAGGAGGGCAUCAGGCCGACUUCUUCUUCCCUGCUGUGAAUCUGACCCACGAUGGCACUUACCAAUGCUACAGCUUUCGAAGUUCUUCCCCCUAUGAGUGGUCCUCCCCCAGCGCCCCCCUGGUGCUCAGGGUCACAGGUGAGGCAGCCCCAGCCCCUCCCAGCCCCCCAACUCUCCCAAGUUCCUGCUCAGGCCCUGACCCAGAGGAGCCCAGAGACCAGGAGGAAUUGGAGAAGGGGAUGCCCAGAGAGAGGGGAUGGACAGUGUGGUCAAGGAUCAUUCUCAUAGAAUCUAGACAAAGCCCCUGUGCCCUCCCUCUCCUCAACCAUCCAGCCAUGGCUAAGACUAUGGGUGCUGGUGGCUCUGCUUCUCCCAUCUCUGGCUUCCCCAACAUUGAAGAGUCCUCACCAAGCCUGGAGACUGAGAACAGGCCCUCAGGCAUCCUGGUGGGUAUCUCAGCCUUCCUGGCCCUGACCUUCCUCUUCCUCUCCCUGCUCUGUCUUCACCACAGUUGUUGUCAGUCCAGACUUGGCAAAGAGGACAGAGAGACAGAAGUCAAGACCAUCAGGAGAUUUGACUCAGAUGGAGCCACCCUGGAGGAGGCCCCAUAUGCUGCUGAGAAUGAUGACAGACAGACUGUGGAGGCCGGACAAGAGGACACGGCUGCUCUCCAAAGAGAAGACCCUCAGGAAGUGACCUAUGUGCAGCUGGCCCACAAGAGCCUCAAGUGUGUGUCUGAUCCCCCUCCCCAACCUAGUCCAGUGGAACCCAGUGUCUAUGCUGCCCUCCAGUGA